AUGAAAGCAGAAUGGCGCGUGCUGCUGUUCAUGUUGGUGCUUCUGACCCGGCUAAUGAGGACAAGUUGUUUGGUACCUGUGUUGUAUCCAGCAGCUUCCGAAACAACUGCACUUGUUUUUGAUGGGGGAACUCGUGCUCUUCUGCCAGCCCAGGGCUCCUUUUCCUUGUUCCUCUGCAAUGCCGAUGCCAACAACGAGGCCGCCUCCUUUCCCCUAGAGCCUUGCUCACAAGAUAUCGUCAUCUACACCCGGCAGAGGGAGUUGGAUCUAAUUUUCUCGGUUGUGGAUGAAGAUGGCUUUCCAAUAGCUCUCAACCCUGAGCCCGAAUAUCAGGUCGACGAUGCCUUGGCAGAAAUCAGCGUCAUUCCAGACUCAGCGGUAGACAGUCCACAACCGAUCACCAACGAGAUCUCUACCAUCAGGGUCACGUUGCUGCAGAAGGAAACACCAGCAGUGUUGACAGCGACUUGGGCAGGUUUCAGCCGAAAUGUGUCCAUGUUUUAUGAUACGGACCCCCCAAGGGUGAACUUUGGGGGAAUUGCCAAACGUCGGACAACCGCCAUUUUUGAUCUGGACUUUAGGGAGAGCGUUGUUGUCACACAAGACAUAACCUGCGAUGCAGAUAUGCCUGCUUUGGACUCAGACACCGGUGUCCUGGAUGUGUUGGCAUCAUCCCAAAGUUGCAACCUUGACCUUGCUGCCAAAGACUGGCGCACAGUGGUAAAUGUGACGGGUGCUGACACAUGGACCAUAGAACAGGAUCAUGUAGCCGGCACGGCUGUGGUGACAGCUUUUGUGAUAGAUGGGCAAGAUGCCAACGUCACUAUUGUCAUCCCGAAUGCUGGCCUCAUGGAUUUUUCUGGAAAUCGGAUUGGUGGAGGGGUGGGUGAAUUUACGAAUGGGACGGCUGGAGGAAACAAGACAUUCACAUUGAAAUUCGUUUUCUUGCCUCCUCUGGGUUCGGGUGACAAUGAGACUGCAGCAGAUGCCGUUGGCAGAGCAGCAACAGCAGCUGUUGUGACCACAAUGGCUGCAUCGGCAGUGACAGCCAUUGGGACAUCUGUAUCAACUUCCAUGACAGCGCCUGUCAUUGGUAGCGCAGCUGGGGGCAGUUCAGGCAGCGCGCUGGCUGGCGGACUGGAGAUGCUGAACAUGGGGCAGAAGGUGUACUUCACAAGCCUCGUGGCCUCCAGCCACCUUCCGGAGAACUACAAAGUCAUGGCAUCGAACUUGAAAUGGACUGCCUUGAACGCGCAGCUUCCUUGGAAAUCGAGUGACAGCGAGGAUGAUGUGAAGGCAACUGCCACAAAUCAAGAAGAUGACAGUAGAGAAAGCAACAGAAAGCUCUUGCAGGCUCCUAUUCCAGAUGGCCUCGAAGAUGGCUCAGAAAACCCCCUUGACCGAAUCGAGGAUGUACAAGAAUUUCUUUUCACCACAGAUCCACGUGAGACAGCCCGUCGAGUUUUCUUCUGGGUAGCGGUCCUGUUCGGAGGGUUGGUGUCCAUUCAUUUGUUUAUCCUUCUUUUGCUGCAUUGUAUGCAGAGGGCCAUUCCAAAGAUUUUUGCAUUCCCAAGGCUGGAACUAUAUGCCUGUGAAUGGGCAGUCCCAGCCAUAGCUGCUGCAAGCGGGUCUCUGAUGACAGGGGACACAGGUGACGUGAUCCUUGGUGCAGCUAUUUUCAUUUUCAUACCUGGCGUGUACCUCGCCUGGUACUUCCACAUGCUGUGGCGGCAUUUCUACAAGCCGGAGCCCCACGAGCGUGGUGCCAAUCUGGUCGUCGCAACAAAACGCAGGGGCUACCCCUCCAAGGGUAGGGAAAAUUAUGCUGACUCAUCAUCAGAAGCGGUGGACGCAAAGAGCAUGGCCAAUGGAGCUGGCAUGAGCAGCUCUUUGGCACUGCUCCCAGCUGCAGGUGUGUCCAAUGCAAGUCACAAUGGUGCCAAACUGCAGGAUGACCAGCGAGGUGCAUCCCCUGCUGGGAAAGGGGACGCAGAGCCUGCGGAAGGGGAACAGUUGGAGGCCAUGAAGGAAGAAGACUCACUGGUCUUUGGGGACUCCAAACCGAUGCAGACGACUGUUGCUGGCACCGGCACCGGCUCGAGUAGACGUUUCUUCAGCAAGUACCUUGUCAAGCCUACGCUUGGACCCAAGCUGGAGAAGGUGACAUGGGUGUCCACUCACAGCAGCCACGCCCGAUUCGUGGAGCGCUUUGGCCCCAUGUUUGAAGACUAUCGUGGGCAUGUGGUGGUCCACAGGAGCGACCUUUCGACGGGGAACAGCAAAAAUGUUCGUCAAGCGGAUCCUAAGAGCGUGCUCAAUCCGCUGCCGCAAAAGCCGUUGUUCAUGUUCCCCUCAGUCAGGCGGAAGGGCCCGGCGGCUACCGUUCCAUUCUACAAGCACUACAUACAGACGGCCAUGGGCGCCCUGCUGCUUGCAAAACUCGUGUUCUUCGCCGUCCUUCUACAUGGAGAGGACGAGAAGGACAACCUGCCCCAGCUGAUUGUGCUUGUCGUCACAUCCACGGUAUUCUUCUUCUUGAUACGGUCCACGCAGCCCUUCGUGCGCAGACUCGACAUGGCGGUGGCCCUGCUCGCCGAGUUCGCCGACAUCAUUGUCUUCACGUUGGCGAUCGUCCUCUUCUCGGCAACCAUGCAGACGGACAACCGGCGCAAGAACAUCGGCAUCACCAUGAUAUGCUUCGAGGCCCUCGCCUUUUUUGCGCUGUUUGUGGAAAAGAUGUUCAUCGUGGUGGAGCACGUGGGCCCUGGCUUGGCCAGGGCGCGGCAGUACAUUGCGCAGAAGGUGGGCUGCUGCUGUGGAGGGUCCCAAGGCGAUGCGCCCCCAGGAGGGGCCGAGCAGCACGUCGUGGAGGCUUCUUGA